AUCUCUUGUUCAUAUUUGUUCAUAUAUGUGCGUGUAUAUAUGUAUAUGCAUCCGUGUAUUCAUGGGUUUUCUUUCUUUUCCAAAAUCCUUCAGCGAUUCUGAAUUGAUUCGGAGCUCUUGACCUGUGUAAUCCUGCAAUAUUUCAAGCUCCUUUUGAACGCAAGAGAAGAGGAGAGUAGGGUUCUCGGUUUUAUUUCAGCUAAGAAGAAGAAGAAAUGGAUCCAAUAUCACGCUCUCUUCCUCCUCCUUUCAUGUCUCCAGACCUUCAUCUUCACCAUCCACACCACCAGUCUCGGCACACGCUUUCAAAUCACCGUGACGACGACCAACACCUCCGCCGUGUCAAGCCCGACCACGACGAUCCCAUCAUCUCCGCCGAGAAAGGACAGGCCGCCUCCGUAUCCGUCGCCGGCGGAGGAGAGCAGGUCACGAAGAGGCCACGUGGCAGGCCGUCAGGAUCCAAGAACAAACCGAAACCUCCUGUCAUCAUAACGCGAGACAGCGCAAACGCGCUGAAAUCCCACGUCAUGGAGAUCGCCAACGGCUGCGACGUCAUGGAGAGCAUCACCGUCUUCGCCCGCCGUCGCCAACUCGGUGUGUGCGUUUUAAGCGGUAACGGCGCCGUCACCAACGUCACCAUCGACCAACCCUCCGGCGGCUCCGUCGUCAACUUGCACGGCCGCUUCGAUAUUGUCUCCCUCUCUGGCUCCUUUCUCCCGCCUCCGGCCCCACCCGCCGCGUCGGGGCUAACAAUUUACUUAGCCGGUGGUCAAGGUCAGGUCAUCGGCGGGGGGGGUGGGGGACCGCUCACGGCGUCUGGUCCGGUUGUUAUUAUGGCGGCUUCGUUUGGAAACGCGUCGUACGAGCGUUUACCUGUUGAGGAGCAGUCAGAAGCUGCGGUGGAUGGAAACCCGACGCUGCGUUCGGGGGCGGAUGGGACGCAAACGCAGCAGCAGUUGAUGCAAGACCCGUUGUUUAUACAAGGGUUGAAUCCGAGUCUUACGAACUCGGCCCAGUUACCGGCUGAAGCUUACUGGGUGACGCCUCGACCACCUUUCUGAUCAUCGAACCAGUAAUUAUAUAAUCUCGAAGGUUAUAUACAGUUUUCUGUUACAUUACAUUACAUUCUUCUUCUUCUUCUUCUCAAAAAGAUUUCUUUAGGUUAUAUUUUAUUCUAAAUUAGAUGAUAUGUGUAGAUUCUUCGCUGCCAAGAAGCGUGUGAAUCGAGUAGCAACAUUUUGAUUUCGGGUUCCACGUACGAGGAUUUGUGUUUUCCGUUGGACUGUCUGAUUAUAAACUGUUGAUUUCGGAUUCAAUUUUCAUGUGUCGGUGAUGAUUGUUAGCUCGAGGA